GACGUGACCUAAACGUACUAUCUUUACAUAAAGCUCCAGCGUGACAUCACCGUCAUACAAUUUCCUUCAAUUUGUGUUCUGCAACAAUGCGCCUCCAAAGACCGCUGGCCAGUCCCAAGUCGACGACAACCUUUCCAGUAUUUCAAUUAACCUCCUCACGAUCUGUAUGAUGACAAGCCUCAAUGUUCCGCCGUCAGCCUCCUGCGUUCGCCUUCGCGCUAUCGAUGCAAAGACACAGAUGUGCGUCUCCUCGAGAGGCUUCAUCCAACCACUGAUCCCUGGGUUUGAGAUCCUGAACCUGACAUCAAUCACUUUUCUUAUUGAACAUUCAAUACUAGGAAAGAAGGUGCUCUUUGACUGCGGCGCACGUAAAGACUUCGAGAACUUCUCUCCUGCCACCAAGAAACGUCUGAACGUCAAUAUCAAAGGCUUGAGUGUUGAAAAGGAUGUCCACGAGAUUGUGCAAAAUGCUGGCAUACCGCUGAAGGAGUUGGAUGCCAUGAUCUGGUCUCACUGGCAUUGGGACCACCACGGCGCAGCUGAGAAGUACCCGCCACAUGUCAAGAUUGUGGUCGGACCAGGCUUCAAACAUAACUUCAUGCCAGGAUAUCCCAUAAACCCAGACGCCUUCCUCCUUAACGCCAACUUCGAAGGUCGUGAGGUACACGAGAUGACGUUUUCGGACGCGUUCAAGAUAGGCGAGUUCAGAGCACACGACUACUUCGGUGAUGGGUCGUUCUAUUUACUCGACACCCCUGGUCAUGCAAUCGGACAUAUCUGCGGCCUCGCGCGCACAACGCCCUCAACUUUCGUGUUCCUCGGGGGCGAUAUCUGUCACUUUGGUGGCAGCUUUCGGCCUAGCACUUCGAUCCAAAUGCCAGAUCCGGUGCCAGACGAGCACCUCGACCAGCAUCUUCCACACCCAUGCCCCUGCUCGCUCUUCACAGAGGUACACCCUGCUGGACCAGAAUCAGAGGCGUCGAAGACAUCACCCUUCUUCGAGGUCUCGGGUUUUGCGCAGUCAGCGUACGUGGAUCGAGAAGCGGCAGCACAGUGCAUCGAGGAACUGCAGAGGUUCGAUGCACAUCCCGACGUGCUCGUGUGUAUAGCACAUGAUUCGACCCUGCUUAGAGUACUGCCCUUUCUGAAUGACCAGCACGAGAAGGACCUGAAUGACUGGCAAGACCAAGGAUACAAGGAGAAGGCACGAUGGGGUUGGUUGAAUGAGCUGCCGAGACAGGGCAAACCGGGGCGCGAGAUGUACGUCCAAGGUGUACGACAGAAUGGCGAGCUCGUAGAGGACUUCAUGAAGCUCAAAGCAACUGCGUACUGAGGACCCUACUUGAAAGUCUUCGGCAAGAGUACCCGCAAAUUACAUGAAUGAGGCUUAGUAAUUGGCGCUAGUGAAGUGGGGCAGGCGAGUCGAGCACAAGCAUGCGUCACGACCGAUGUUCACACUGGAACACCCACUCAGGCACCUCGUACGCGUUCGUCACUUCUCAGAGUGGAUAUAUACCGGUCUUCUUGUCUGUCACUC